AUCCGGGUCAGUGACGUUGCGCAAUCAAAUCUUAGUGCAACGUCAGCCUUCACGUUAAUAAAAACUGCUUCUCAAGUACGUGGCUCGUACAAAAGACCAACAUUUUUUGGAAGACCGUAAUCACCCUUCACAGGCAGGCAACGAACAGCAGCCAUGGAUCAGGUUAUGCAGUUUGUGGAACCCAGUCGUCAGUUUGUGAAGGACUCAAUCAGGCUUGUGAAGAGGUGUACCAAACCGGAUAGGAAAGAGUUCCAGAAGAUUGCCAUGGCAACAGCAAUUGGAUUCGCUAUUAUGGGCUUUAUUGGAUUCUUUGUCAAACUCAUACACAUUCCCAUCAACAACAUCAUUGUUGGUGGUUGAAUUUCUGAGGAGCUGCACAGAAAAUUUGAAUUGUUGGGGGUGGGAGGUGGUGGAGGAAAGGGGUAUUUUUUGCUGUACAUUUGUUGUUUGGCUAUAUUAAUAAAAUAAGUGUAAAAUAAAA